UGCUUGUCUAUCGCCGUACUUUCUGUUGUCCUGCUGCCGCACUUAUAGCACAGCAAAGUACCACGAACGGCUGACUAAGCUUGGCCACUCUUAACCCCUGCAGACAUGCCUGGUAACGGCCAUGGGGCUACUGUUGUACCAGGACGAAGGGAUGGGUUCGCAGAGACUGCAGAGCUUUGGGUGGGCCUUCCUGUCUGCCUGCCUGGUCGCUGGCCAAGAGUUUUUCGCGCACACCACGAAGGACAUCCCCCAGGGGGUGCUGCUGUUCCACUCGUCCUUCACAUCGCUCCUAUUCUCAACCCUGCUCGCCGGCAACGUGCUCGAAAGCCCCAAGGCGCUGCUGACCAAGGUCGACAUGGGUGAGAUGAGCAUGGCCAGCCAGACGGCGUUCGCCUACGUCUUCUUCGUGUCCAAGGCGCGCGAGACGGACCAGGGACUGGCGAACAUGUACAAGUACGCCAUGGACGUGCUCAUGGCGUGCGCUCUCACGUGGACGUUCCUGCCCGAGGAUGUCGUGCCACCUUCCAGCUACGGAGCGGCCGUUUUCGUUCUUUGCGCCGUCGUGACGGCCGAGGUGCAGCGGCUGCACUACAUACCCCGACCAGCGCCAGGCGCCAGGGUCCGCAUACGCUUCUUCAUGUGAAACCCUCAGCUUCACUCCGAUUGCUCUUUUUAUUCUCAAGCAAUAAUUAUCAAUAUCGCCUCGUC